AUGCCUCUGAACGCCACCUUCCCUGAGUCCUUCCCCCACAGCGUCUCCCCCGUCUCCCCCUUUACUCCCCCCUCUCCAGGCAGCACCACCUACCCCAGCUCCCCUGCCAGCUCUGGACCAGCCAGCCCCUUCCAACUGCCAGCGGACACCCCGCCCCCCGCCUACAUGCCUCCAGAGGAUGGGACCAGUAUGGAGACCAGCAGCAGCGUCCCCAGAGGAGACGUGCAGCCGGUGGAGUACGAGGAGCCGUCUCACUGGUGCUCCAUCAUGUACUAUGAGCUGAACAACCGUGUGGGAGAGGCGUACCAUGCGUCCUCCACUUCUGUCCUGGUCGAUGGUUUCACUGAUCCAUCCAACAACAAGAACCGCUUCUGCCUCGGCCUCCUCUCCAACGUCAACCGCAACUCUACCAUCGAGAACACACGCCGGCACAUCGGCAAAGGAGUACACCUGUACUAUGUGGGAGGCGAGGUGUACGCAGAGUGCCUCAGUGACACCAGUAUCUUCGUGCAGAGCAGGAACUGUAACUACCAUCAUGGGUUCCAUCCCACAACCGUCUGUAAGAUCCCGAGCGGCUGCAGCCUCAAGAUCUUCAACAACCAGGAGUUCGCUCAACUCUUAGCUCAGUCUGUGAACCAUGGGUUUGAGGCGGUCUACGAACUCACCAAGAUGUGUACCAUCAGGAUGAGCUUUGUCAAGGGCUGGGGUGCAGAGUACCAUCGACAGGAUGUGACCAGCACCCCCUGCUGGAUCGAGGUGCAUCUGCACGGACCGCUGCAGUGGCUCGACAAAGUGCUGACUCAGAUGGGCUCUCCUCUCAACCCCAUCUCCUCACUGCUGAAGCUGAGUUAUAACAAGCUGUCGUCCGUGGGGAGGGGUCAGUUUGAGGGUCUUGGGUCUUUGGUCCGGUUGCACCUGGACCAUAACCUUAUCUCCUUCAUCGAGCCGUACUCCUUCUCCGGUCUGACGUCACUAAAACUGUUACACCUGGAGGGAAACCUGCUGAGAGACCUGCACCCACACGCCCUCAUCACCGUGUCAGUUCUGGGGACUUUCUGGAGCUCCGGGAUCAAGUGA